AACCUCUCAAUUUUGUUUCUGUGUAACCUUGUGAGUUUUAGUCUUUGCCAUGAACAAUAGCAACGCAGGCAGGAUGAGCCAGUUUACCUUUGAUCAACUCAGUCACAGUGGUGUAGCGUCAAACCCCUAUGCUCAAGACGCUUUGGUUCCACAAGACCAAUCACGCAGCGCAUCGACACCAUUCUCCUACCUACAAAAUUUGGCGGCAGCAAAUCUUCAGCUUCAGGAUCACCAGCACUAUGACAACUUGUUUGAUGGAGUAAUUUUUCCCUCCUUGCCAGAUGUCUCUACGGGCAUGGGCUCCAAUGUGAACACACGACUCGUACAUCAUGAUGCGUUUGCGCCUUUGGGUGAUAGUAAGUUGAUGGCAGCACCAACGCCAGCAAUGGCCUUACAGCCAAGACGACAGCAUCUCCAGCCGCCAAAUAUUCCCGGCUUGCUUGACUUGCUACCAAGUCCACACGACUUCAACCAGUCGCUACCACAGAGUAACGUAUUCGGAAAGCAGCCGUCAAUGAAAGAACCUGAAAACCCAGCGACAACAUUCUCCUUCCACCAAGGUCAGACGGCACAGAUUCUUCCGCAUAGCCUAAUGCCGGAUAACCAGCAUAAUUCCAACAGCUUGAGUGAUGCAGCACUCUUUCCGUUCCCGCCACAAUUUUCUAAAGGCGUCAGCUCAUUUGGAAAUAUAGGAUUCCCUCAUGAUGUGUUUGCGCCUACUGGUGACACGAAUGCGAUGGUCGUGUCAAGGCAAGGACGACAAUAUAUUGCAAGUUUACCGGAAAUGCCACCAAGUCGUCGUCACGACCUCAGUGAGCCACUUUCGCAGAGCACCUUACUUGGGCAGCAGCCGUCAAUGAAAGAACCUGAUUACUCAGCCAUACCAUUCUCCUUAAACCCAGGUAAGGCGGAACCACUCAUUCAGCCUAACUUACUCGACAGCUUGAGUGAUGCAGCAAUCUUUCCCUACCUGCCAAAAGUCUCUACUGCUAUGCGCUCCGAUGUAAAUACAGGAUUAAAUCAUGAUGUGUUUGCGACAUCGCGUGGUAGUGAUGUGUUGCUAUCACCAUCACUAGCUAGAGGCCCACAACAGCAACAACCACAACAACAACAUCACAAGCCACCACAUAUUCCCAGGCUGCAGGUAAUGCCACCGCAUCACCAUGACCUCAGCGAGCCACUACCACCGAGUAACGUACUUGGACAGCAGCCGUCGAGUAAAGAACCUGAAAAAUUUGCCAAAGCCAAACGAGUCUGCCCGGAAUGCAAAAGGAGUUUCUCUUAUCCGUCGCAGCUCAAAAGACACUUGACAGUGCACACUGGCGAGAGGCCAUAUCGUUGCACAGAGUGUGGACAAGCCUUCUCGCGGAAGCGUAGUCUAACUGUGCACGUCCGAAAACACACCGGGGAGAAGCCAUAUCAUUGCGACAGAUGCAACUCACGUUUUUCUCAGCUAUGGACACUAACCGAACACAAGAGAAUACACACAGGCGAGAAACCGUAUAAGUGCAGAAUCCCGGGCUGUGAACAGGCAUUCUCACAGUCCUCCAACCGCAACCGGCAUGUGCUUGGCCACAAGGCGAAUACCCAGAAGCAAACCAAACCUGCCAGUGGAUGCAACUAAACAGACAGUGCACUAUUGCUCCCGCAUCACCAGUUCAAAAACAACAAUGUCGGCAGGAUCUAGGAGCAGCAAAUAAGAAGAAACCAGAGACAGAAGUCUCAGUUUACGUGAGAUUAAUUCCAAUUAUGAGCAGGGGCAUGCUUUGCACACUGGGGCGCACUGUGCCGAAUAUGAGCAAUAGAAGAAUCUGAUCACAUGUGUGCGUGUGUGUGUGCCUUCAGUACUACUAUUCGGGUAUGUACGUUUCAUACCCUCAAUUCCCAAAAAUUAAUAUGGUGCCACACCCAGACCGCCAUACAUGCACGUGUACUCGUACUUGCCUAAAAAUGCAUUUGCCGGUUCAGACAUCCCUCCACUCCGCGAUCAAAAACCCUCACUUCUUUGAUAUAUAUGAUACAAAAUAGCAUAGAGUUUUGGCUUGUUUUGAUACAAUGUCUGCUGGUUCGUUUGUGGUUUUUCUCUUUUGCUGUGGUUCCUUUUGCUACAUGUGACUGUUGUGCAUGUGGAACGUGGUGGUCGUUUGUUCCGUGUACUGAUUUUUAGAAUGUCAUCAAGGGGGCAGGUGAUGUAGAACGAUGUGUUGUUUUUCUGCAUAAUGACAUUCCCCAAACUGUCUAUUGCCUCGCAUAGAUGCGUUAUAUGAGCAUUCGUGAUUUUUGAGUCUUCAGUUUUGUCUUUUUCAGUCUUUGUGUUCCUUCCAGUGGAGUUGUUGUCCCUGGUAUCCCGUCAUGUCCUUUGUUCAAAUACG